AAAAACAAAUUUUCAUAAGCUUUGGUAAACAGCGUCACUCACUCUCGCAGACCAGGUUCAGACUUUGGAACACCACUUCGGAUUUCUCAACACACGGUACUUACCACCGGUCAUCACCACCACCACCAUCACCAUCACCAUCACACACACUCUCUCUAUAACCACAAUUACACAUAUAUAUAUACACUUUCUCUCUCUAGAAUCGCAGCCAAACCAUGGCGGAAUUCAUGGACCUGGAGACCCAAGACGCCGUGCGAAUGCCGUGGAACGUCCUCCCCGGCACCAAGGCAGAGGCGGCCAACUGCGUCGUCCCGAUCGCCUCCAUCUACACCCCUCUCAAACCCUUCCCCUCCAUGCCCAUCCUCCCCUACUCACCUCUUCGUUGCCGGAACUGCCGAUCCGUCCUCAACCCCUUCUCCAUAGUCGACUUCGUCUCCAAGAUCUGGAUCUGCCCCUUUUGCCUCAAUCGCAACCACUUCCCGCCGCACUACCACUCCAUCUCCGACGACAACCUCCCGGCCGAGCUCUUUCCCCAAUACACCACCAUCGAAUACGAAUCCCCCUCCGAGAAAUCCACUGUCCCGCCCGUCUUCUUGUUCGUCGUCGAUACGUGUAUGAUCGAGGAGGAGAUUGGGUUUCUCAAGUCGGCGUUGUCGCAAGCGGUGGGGUUGGUGCCGGAGAAUGCGCUUGUCGGGUUGAUCACUUUUGGGACUUUUGUGUCCGUUCAUGAAUUGGGGUACGGACAGAUCCCAAAGGUUUAUGUGUUUAGAGGGAAGGAGGUGACCAAGGAUCAAGUGUUGGAACAGAUGAAUUUCUUCAUGAAGAAGCCGAAGCCGACUACCGGAGUGAUUGCCGGCGUGAGGGACGGGCUCUCUCAAGAGAGUAUUUCAAGGUUCUUGCUGCCCGCGUCUGAGUGCGAGUUCACCCUCAAUUCGGUACUAGAAGAGCUUCAGAAAGAUUCCUGGCCAGUUGCAGCUGAUCAAAGGGCAACAAGGUGCACUGGUGCAGCAUUGAGUUUAGCUGCACAUUUGUUGGGAGCAUGUGUUCCAGGUUCUGGGGCUAGAAUUAUGGCCUUUAUUGGGGGGCCAUCAACAGAAGGGCCUGGCGCUAUUGUGUCUAAAAAACUAUCUGAACCUAUACGUUCUCACAAGGACCUGGAUAAAGAUUCUGCUCCUUAUUAUCACAAAGCUGUAAAGUUCUAUGAAGGACUUUCAAAGCAGCUUGUACAUCAAGGACACGUACUUGAUCUCUUUGCUUGUGCACUUGACCAGGUUGGGGUUGCUGAACUUAAAGUGGCAGUUGAACGAACUGGAGGGCUUGUUGUGCUUGCUGAAAGUUUUGGCCAUUCAGUUUUCAAGGAUUCUCUUAAACAUAUUUUCCAGUCUGAUGACCAUGAUCUUGGUCUAUCAUCAAAUGGUAUAUUUGAGGUGAACUGUUCAAAGGAUAUUAAAAUUCAGGGUGUCAUCGGUCCUUGUGCAUCCCUUGAAAAGAAAGGUCCUUUGUGCUCUGAAAAUGUUGUCGGUCAGGGUAAUACUACGGCAUGGAAGAUGUGUGGCCUUGACAAAGCUACAUCUCUAUGCUUAAUAUUUGAUAUUGUGAAAAAGGAGACCCCUGAGGGCAUUGGUCAAUCAGCAAACAAUCAGUUUUAUUUCCAAUUUUUAACAUAUUAUCAGCAUAAUAGUGGACAAAUGAGACUUCGUGCUACUACCCUUUCUAGAAGAUGGGUUGCCGGUCCUGGGAGCACACAGGACUUAAUUGCUGGAUUUGACCAAGAAGCAGCUGCUGUAGUCCUGGCACGGCUAGUUUCUUUCAAAAUGGAAGCUGAGGCUGAAUUUGACCCUAUAAGAUGGCUGGAUAAAUUAUUAAUACAUUUAUGUUCCCGGUUUGGAGACUACCAGAAGGAUAGCCCAUCUUCUUUCAGCUUAUCUCCACGGUUCUCUAUAUUUCCUCAGUUUAUAUUUCAUUUACGCCGCUGUCAAUUUGUGCAGGUUUUUAACAAUAGCCCAGAUGAGACGGCAUAUUUUAGGAUGAUUCUGAACCGUGAAAAUGUUGCCAAUUCAGUUGUGAUGAUUCAGCCAUCACUUAUUUCUUACUCCUUUCAUUCUGGUCCAGAACCAGCUCUCCUUGAUGUUGCUGCCAUUGCUGCUGAUAGAAUUCUACUUCUGGACUCUUAUUUUACCAUUGUUGUAUUUCAUGGAUCGACAGUUGCUCAGUGGCGAAAUGCCGGAUACCAUAAUCAACCUGAACACGAGGUAUUUGCCCAGUUACUGAAAGCACCUCGAGAUGAUGCCGAUGCAAUCAUUAAGGAAAGAUUUCCAGUACCUCGUUUGGUCAUUUGUGAUCAACAUGGUUCCCAGGCCCGUUUUCUGUUGGCCAAAUUGAACCCUUCUGCGACAUACAAUUCUGCGUCUCCUGCUUCUGGAGGGGAUAUCAUCUUUACAGAUGAUGUCAGUUUUGAGGUCUUCUUGGAUCAUCUUCAGCGGUUAGCUGUUCAAUAAUUUCUUAAAUCAUUUUCAGAAAUUAGCAGUUAAAUAGAAUAUACGACCCGACUUUCUCCAAUUUUGUAAAAUCAAUUUCUGAGUCGAUUGUACAGUAGUAAUGCAUGUGAUCUUCUCUUAUAUCUGUGAGCUCUCUCAUCUUGGCGUAGUUAUUUAAAGCUUGUAAUGCAUUUUUGGUAAUCUCAAUAAUAUUGUGUGGUACAUUAUUCAUGAA